AUGGACGUGACAAACGGAUACAUAAGAAACGCCGUCGUACUAGUCCCGUGCAAAAAGGUCGACCGCCGAAACGUCAGGCCCAAAACCUCAACAAGGACACUGAGGACGACAAUAUGGACACGGAAUCCGACCAAAGCAAGAGCUCAGAGGAUAUCCCGUUAUUGGUUGCGAAGGCCCGCGCUCAGAAAGCCCGGACCCGAAAAGUCGCUAAGCCUACAACUGCUGUGGGGAAAGCGAAAGAUGUCAAGAAAAAGCCAGACAAGAAGAAACUUGGUACAGCAAAGAUGGCCGACCAGCAAGACAGCACCCACCGAUCCAGACUUAUCCGAGCCUGACGAUGAUGAAGAAGACAACAACGAGGAAGGAGAUUCUUCAGGUGGUCGAUUCCUCAUCGAAGGCGACACUGGCUUCGAGACUGCGUAUCAAGCAAGCAUACAGGCACGUCGCGAAGCUCGGGCUUCCGGACGUGCCCCUCGACGUCCCCCUCGCCCCGGCCGACGCCCCUCUGCGAACCCUCCCAAUCGACGCACCCCUCACGUCUCGGUAUCCGAACUUCUAGGUGACACCGAAGACUGCAAUUUUGUGGCACCGGCUCUGAGACCUGACACCGUGACAGCCCCUCGAGCGUCAGCACCACCUCCGCGUCCCACAGACGCACCCACUCCAGCACCCCACCGAAACAUCAGUGCAAUCACCGGCCUACCUUUUGCCGGACAGCACCGCCGUCCAGAAGCACUCUCCGGCUACGGUGACGGCCCGAUGCGCCGCAGAAAUUCGCCCGUGAGGGGCUCCCGGGUCGCACAAUCUACCAGCGUCCGCACCGCAGAGGACACCGAUGGGCGCGACGCGGUCACGCGGACCUCCAACGCCGCCAGACUCGGGCUCCCCGUAGCCUCGGCGGAUCGUCCCCCCCAAAGCUUCUACGCCCUCGGCCCCGACGGGUCGCACCACCAUCACACCGACGGGUCCGGAACAGCAACCUACACCACACGUCCCGGACCGUCGUCACACUCCCGCCUCGGAUUCACCCCGAACCAGCGCGCACAAGCAAAGCACAAGCACAAGCACAAGCACAAGCACAAGCACAAGCACAAGCACAAGACACAGAGACAAACGAACGCGCCCCGCCCCCAAACUCCGGCGGGAAUGCCGCUCAGCCAACAGGCGACCCGGAGCCCCGCCGGCGGCCCCACCGGUCAGCGCGACCCCACACCCACCCACCGAACGGGCCGGCUGACAGACGAAAUAGCACGGCAUAACGACGCCCUGAUCGAAGAGAUCCACCGGCGCGAGCGGUGGCCGAGGCACGAGUUGGGCCGCCACACCCGUGCCGUUUUUGAGAUCAUGAGGGGCGGGGAGCCGUCGUACGCGGAGGGCUUUCUGGAGCGGGAGGAUGAGAGGGAGAGGAGGGAGAGGGGAACCUUCUUCGGAUGA